AUGGCGACGCCCAUGCGAUUUUUGCACAGAUGCUUAUUUGCUGAAGGGAAAACAUGUAUCUCACGAAUUAUCAGAGAAAGGAAGACGGAAGGAUUGACAUUCAGCCAGAUUCGACAAAACGCUUCUCCGGCACGUGAGCUGAAGAAAUUUUAUAAGAAUGCUCAUGUUGUUCAGGCAAAUGGAUGGUUUGAAAUCAAUUUGGACAGCAGAAAACUAAGAACACCAACAGGAAAUCUGUUUCGUGUUCCUAAUGAAACUUUAGCAAUGGCAGUAGCAACAGAAUGGAAUGCACAAAAAGACACCAUCAAAAGACAUAACAUGCACCUGAAUGGUUUGUCCAAUACAGCAAUUGAUAACCCCACUGGUAGGACAAAGGAAACAAUGACAAGAGGACUGAUACAUUUUUUGGAAACUGACACCAUUUGUUACAGAUUAACAGAGCCACAAGAUUUAGCACAGCUCCAGCAAAAGCAAUGGGAUCCCGUUAUCAAAUGGGCAAGUGACAGAUAUCAAAUAGAAUUGAGUACAACCACUGGUCUGCAGAGCCUUGUCAUCCCAGAAAAGACCAGUCAAACCUUAGAAAAGUAUCUGCUUGUCAAUAAUGAAUGGGCUUUACAUGGUUACCAGUUCGGAGUUGAGGCCCUGAAGUCACUACUGUUAAUGUUAGCUGUGGUCCAUAAACAGGUGACAGUAGAACAAGCUGUCUAUUUGUCAACACUGGAGAGCCAGUAUCAGACAAGUUCUUGGGGCAAUGUUGAAUGGCAUCAUGAAGUGGACAAAUACGACCUUCAGGCACGUGUAGCUGCUGCUGCUCUCUUUGUUCACUGGUCUAGUGAGAAAUCUAGGGUCUGGUCCAAAACAUAACUACUCUUAAAACGUUAAUAAAUGACCAGUGCCAGUAUCAAAGACUUCCUCUCAAAAUACUAAGUUUUAUAUUGACUUAACGGUUAAUAAAGCAGUGAAUUACAAACAAGUA